AUUCAUUCCUUGCUAAAGCUCAAUUUCGGUUCAUAAAUCGAGCUGCUUAUGCUAUCAGCUAGUGUCAAACUCCAAACGCUGGUAUUUAUCGGGGAUCGUUGUAAUGAGUGUGUCAGUAGCAAGAUCCAAUCCCAACAAUCAAACGGCCACACAUGCCUGGUUUGGGGUUCUCACAGUCACGGACUUCCAUCACUUCAAGUUUUCAAUCCUCAAAUCCUUGUUCUGCUUGAUGAGCUUCCAAUGCUUGCUUCUCGAUAUUGCUUCUCGCCCUCAUAGACGUUCUUGGCAUACUCCUCCUCCUCCUCCUCCUCCUCCUCCUUCUGAGCCUUCUUAUCUUUAUAUUCAAGUCGCCGCUAGACAUUGACAGUCUCACAAUGCUAGACUCGGACACAGAUAUUCAAACUCUCAGAUAUCAGAACAAAGACAGAUAUUGCCAAUCUUCACAAAGUUUGACCUAGAUCGG